GACUGGAACAGUCUGUCCUUUCCAAAUCUUUUGGGUGUCACAUCAGGAAACCAGCCUUGCUACCAGCAGUUAAUCGGGUUAAUGGGCAGCUAGAGUUUGGAGCUCUGGCAGAGAUGGGACACUUCUUGUUUGCAGUGUGUGAUUUAAUUUUCUUGCAUGGAGUUUUUGACUGGGACUCCCUGAGAAACGCUCUUCAGUGGGAAUGUUUGCAGCCACCUUUCAGAAUGUAUUUUAAAACAUCAUCUGUCUGUUCCUUAUUAGCAGCAAAAACUGAGUUAGUGACAUAAUGGCAUCCUGUAAGAUGCUGAGCAGACCAAAAGAGGGGACAGGACUUGCACAUUCUACCUCUUCUGUAUCUAUUUCCUUCUUAUUUUUUCCACUUGACUUUUUCUGAUAUUCUUUUUUUGUUGUUGUUUUGUUUUUUGUUUUUGUUUUUUUAAAUUUGUUUGGGUUUUUUGCAUACAUUUAUAAGAAUAGGCUUGACUCUUUCCCAAGAACUUAAGUUUCUAGUCUUCUGCUUCAAUAUUCUGCUGAGUUGUAUGUGAAUAGUGUCCUUUUUUGUUUGAUCUGAAUCUGGAGGUAACAUUUGUGGAAAUGGACUGUAAUAGUCUAAAUGCCUUUAUCAUGUUCAGUGUAUUCCCUCAGUAGUACUCACUCAGCUUGGAGAAAGCAAUGACGUCAGGCUUUGAAAAGUAAACUGGUUUGAAUUAUUGAUUGGCGACCACACAGUCAGUGAUGGAGAUGAAUACGUGUAUGUCUGUCUGCUUACCAGAAGCCAGAUUAAAAUGAACAAAAUCCCUUUCUAAAUGGAUCAAGGAGCCAAGAAGUUUAUUGUCUGAGAUGAUGUCAUAGCAGAGUGCAUAGGGAGGGUAGAGAGGGGAAAAACUGGGCUUUGUUUUCUUCCUGUUUCCAGGACUGAUGUACACACUAUUUAGUAGAUUUUGAAGCUAUGCUUACAUAAAUAUAUAUUCUGUUGUUAUACAAAUUGUACAUAUGUGUAUAAAAAUACAGAUUUUUUUUCUUUUGGGCAUUAAAAUUUGGGAAGUGUUCUAGCUUUAUAUUAAAGCAUUCUGACAAGAAAAGCUCAUCAAAAUCUUCUACAGAGACACAGAAUUUUAACACAAGGCUUGCAAGUUCAGUGGACUUUGUUCACACCAUGAAAAUAUUGAGGAUCCUGUGACCAUAAGUGGUUAAAUUUGCACUUUGUAUCUACUGAUGUCUGAUGUUUUCAGACACUGAGUUGUGAUUGCUGGUAACACUUCUUUGGCAAUUGAAAUGAUUUUUCUCAGUCAUCUCAAAGCACAAAUCAAAAAUGUUAAUCAAGAAUUUAUUGUGUAAUAAACACUCUUAAAUCAUAUCAGCGUACUAGUUAGACAUUUUAGAAAUGUAUACAAGGUUAGCUUAAUUCAAUUAGCCAAGAAAGCAUUAGCAGUGCCUUAAGAGCUACUUGAGGGCAUGGUGAUAAUUGUAAAGCAUGAUCCUGGCUAAAAGUAGUGCUGCCAACAUUGUUCAAGUUGCGCGGUGCAGCCUAGAGCUCUCCAUUGUACUUAAUUGCUAAUGGGAGCGACCAGGGGCUGCGGAGUGACAUCGGCUGCUGCAGUGUGCAAAGGUAGAGAGCAAAGCAGCGUUUCUGUGCCCUGUGAUGCCAGUGUUUCAGCAUCUCUCACUGUAGUUUCUCAGUCUGUAGCAAUAGAAGUGUUCUCUGAUUUCUGGGUGAUCAGUUCAGCUUUUGUAGCGUAAACUUCUUGCUGCAUUUUACUCUUUGAAAAGCCUUUAAUGAUCAGCUGUUGAAAACAUAGAAAAUAUAAAACUUAUUAUGAUUUCUCUUAAAUUACGAGUUUUACACAUAACCAAUAGAACUUUCUAAAAAUCAAGUUUUCCCUUAUGAAAGACCCUGAUUGGCAUAUUUAUUGUCUGUGUAGUGUCUCACGGUGCUCUGGAUGCUCUGGUGUUUAAAAAAGAAAGCUAUAGAAAAAAUUAGAUUUUCCUCCUUUUGCUGGAUAAAUGACACUUGCUGGCCAUCUGUGUGUAAAGCUCUUCAAGAAAAAAGCUCCUGUCCAAUAUCUGUGUUUUAAAGAACUGCACUGCCUUUGUGUUCGAGUUUGCAAUAGCAUCAGUAAAGGUGCUGAGGCUAAUGCUUUUACAGUUCUUUGAAAUACAUCCUGAAGUGUAAAGCCAUGUAAAGUUAUUCCAAACAAUUUAAUUUAAAGGAAGUUUCCCAGGAAAGCUCAUCUUUUUGGUGUGUAAUAAAAUCUCGAGUUCUUUCUGUUUUAGUGGUCUGCUGCUCUUUUGGGAUUUAGCAGGGAAAAAUCAGUGUUCUAAAAUGAGUUGUGCAGGCCAUUCCUUGGCUGUAUGGUGUUAAUACAGCUAUGAGCAGUGGGAAAUGGAGCAAUUGUUGGAAGCGGUCUUUGUUCAGGGUUCUGUCAAAGUACCAUACAGUUGGCAUUUGUGAUCCUUUUGUGGUUCUGAAGGGCUGUCCUGAGUUUGAAUUCUUCUUAUGUAUCGUGCCAGAUCAGUCUGGGCUGCUCUCAGCCGUCAGGACACGUGAAAUGUCCAUGGUUUGUUUUGGGAGGCCGUGGUGCAUCCUGUUCGAAGCUGGCUGUCCUUGCUGUCACACUGUUCCAGGGCCUUCAAAGGAAGCAAUCCAAGGGCUAAUCCAGUGAAUGGAUAAGACCUCCAAAGAGUACUCAGGAAAUGGUGUUGAUGUUUUGUGCGCUGCAUUGCUUCCUCUGAACAUUGGGCUUCUCCCAAAGUAAUAUUAAUAAAAGCUGCUUCUCCAACUACUGUCUCUGUCUGAACUUCAAACAGAAGGUUUGACCCAUGCCUGUGAGACACCCCAUGACAAUUUUGCAAGAGUUGCAUACAGCUCGGGGUUAUGCAAGAUAAUUAGCUCAGGUAAUUAUAUUCUGAUCACCUCUAUCCCCCUGCAGUUUCAGUUGCAUGUGGUAUGGUUUUGCACAUCCUGCCUUAAAUUGUUGAAUGUUUGCUAUACUGUGGAAAAGUUUUAAUUCCAGUCUGGUGACGCUUUGAAUGAUUUCUUUGUAGAACUUUAUAAAACCCAUCUUGAAACAAAGCAUGCAGCAAGUAGGCAUCAAUGAGCUGAAGCUUUCAUUGCUGUGAAUUUUGUGUGCUCUUUUGUAGCUGUGACGCUUUGAAAGAUUGCUGAUUGUUUAUUAGAUGUUUUAGCUCUAAUGGAUUACUUUUUCUGUGGGUAAUACCACUCACAAACCCAUUUAUUGCAAAGGGAACUGACAAUAUGUUUUUAUUCUUUUUUUUGUGUACACUUCAUGCUUUGCUGGUUUUUCAAAACAAUUUUUCAGUCUGACUUCACUCUUGAAAUAUUGUCUUCAUUACCUUUGAUGGGAUUUUCAUGGUUUAUUUUAACCAUUAAUUCUGGUUUAAAUUGUUCAAGGGUUGGUUUGCAUUUAUAUGUGCUUGGAUUCUUUUUCUGAAUAAAUUUAGUUUCUUUUCGCUUGGUAGUUAGUAAAACAGGCAACUUUUCAACCAGUUGUAAGACUAAUGUGUAAUCUUCUGAAGCCUUUUCAUUUUGCAUUGAGUAUGUGUAUGCUGUAAUAGCUUCAGCCCCAGCUGAAGGAGGCAGCUUUAGUUCUCCUGUUAGAAAUACAGAACUUAGAAGUGUCUCCAGGUUCCAUAGUUCUUGUAGCCUGUACUGAACUUUGUGGUUUUUCCUUUCUGCUUCCUGUAGUGUCUGUUGAUGGCCUAACUAAUGUAAAGCUUUGAUAGAAAGUUUGUGUCCAGUUGCACUUGGAGCAGAUGCUUUGGUUUGGUUGUUUUCAUAAUGUGGGAAGGGGGCAUUUUGCUUUUCUCCAGCCUCCAGUCAGUUCCUUCAUUUUAAAUGGAUAAAUAGUUGAGCCAAAGCUAUUUAAAUAACCUGAAAUGAAGAAGCUGUGUAUUCUGUACAUGUGGAAGAGAUUACUUGCAGUGAAAUUUGUUGCUGUGCUUCAGCAGUCUGUCAUUUCAAAUACUUAAUAACUAUCCUCUAUUAUUUCUCUGAUGUAUCGUUCAGGCUUAGAAUUCUGUUUUUAUGAUGAUUUAAAUUUUAGCACAUUAAUCUUAAGAUUUCUAUCACAAUUGUACACAAUUUUAAUUUCAUUUUUCUCUUUUGAAAAUACUGUCUUCAAGUGAAUUGCAGCUAGGGGUGCAGAAGUGUUUUUUAAUCCCAUUUGUUAUCCACACAGAAGGCCACCUUCCUAGUUUCCCUUGCUACAGACACGUCUUUGCUUGGCUUAUUGAAUCUAUUUCCUGGUCAUGUCCAAACCUUGGGGAGCAGUCUGGUUCAGGGCUUCUCCCUCUGUCCUCUUUGCUAGCCUCAUUUAGAUAAUUCUGUGUCUUUAUUUAGGUUUGUAGUAGUACUGAAGGAGGCCAUGUCCUAUAAGCUUUGUUUAGGAUGUGACAGUUAAGCAGAAGCAAGAUGGAUUUUCGAGAACUGAGGGUAGGAAAAAACAUUUGAAUAUUUUCAUUUUUUCCACAUCAGAAUUGUAAUCAUUCUUGAUUCUCGAUUCAUUACAUAAAUAUAAUUUCUGCUUUAAAAGUCUUUGUUAACAGAGUCUAGAAACUCACAGAAAUGGUUAAUGUAGUUCUGACUAAAAAUGUGUUGCUUUUAUUAUUCCUUCAGUGUUGAAUAAGGAGGAUCAGUGGUUUUAAAAACUUCCCUUAAGUGGAUUUACUAGAAAUACUUCUAAGUGAGGUGGACCCCAUACAGCAAGUAAAGAACUCUUCUCAGGGGACUUGCUCUUCUGCAGGUGUGUGAUUUCACAUGUGCUGUGAGCUGUGAGCUCUGGCUGUGAACUCUGCAGUUGUGAAAACAACACACUCGCCAAUAUUAAUGCUUACCAGGCCAUUUGAUCAGCGGGAUCAGGAUCACGUUACUGGUCCAGCUGAAACUAAUCCUCUUCUCCACAUCCCCUGGCUUCCCCUUGCCUCCCCUCCAUCCUUCUGAUUUGAUUAUCAGCUGAAAUUUCACAGUAUCUCAUCCUAAUUUUGGUGAAGGCACAGAGAAGAGAGGAGCGCUCGUGGUGAAAUGCUUGGAGAGGGCUGCUGAUGAUGGGAGGAUAAACCUCAGCUCACUAUUUAUGGCCUCUGUCCCAGUUUGGCAGAGGCUGCUCUGUAGGUCACUCUCCCUUUCAUUCAUGAACCAAGUAACGUGUAGGUUGCAAGAGUUUUUUGUGUGUCACACUGGAGCUGUUGACAGGCAGGCACUCAGUAUGGAUACACACAGGUGUCUUUUUUCUGUAACAGACAGAGGGAAUGGUUGCAGGUGUGAAAAUCCCUAAUUAACAUUGCUUAUAUUUUUAACUUGUAAACUUGUAGCUUUUCUCAAAAGCUUUCACAUUUAUUAAAUAACCUGAAUUCUAGGGUUGAAUGGUUUUAGGAAAUGAAAUGGAAAUCUGUUGAAAUAAUAAAGCAGAUCUUCCUGUGGAAGAAAUAUGUUUGGGGUUUUUUUAAUCUGAACAAAUGGUGAAGAAUUUAUUCUUCUGAAAAGGUCUAGAUGAUGAUAUUCUUUGUGUUCUUAGCGGCUAUUAUUGACGUGAGCAUUGUUCACUAAAAAUAAAAGUACGGAAGCUGAAUGUUAAAAGGAUUCAGAUCAUCCUGCAAUUGAGGCAUUCUUUACCAUCAUCACCACUAAUGAAAUACGUCGUUAAUAGUUGUUUAUUCCAAGAUCAUCAAGCACUUAAGCAUGAACAUUAUUUUUCCUUAACACCUGUGGAGAGCCAAUGUCUGAUAAAUGACUGUGUGCAAACAAGUGGAAAUUAGAGAACUGCAACCAGGAGAUGUGUUCUUCUAAGCUGAUCUUUUUUUUUUCAAGCUUGUCAGCAAGGUUAACACAUCAGGGCCUUCGUGAAACUUGGAGUUCUCACUAAGGUAGUUAAUGUGCUCUAAUCCAAAUACAUUUAUUUCUCAGCUUCUUGUCAUUUAGAGGCUGAGGCAGAAUGGAUUGGUUUAGAAGGAAUGUUGAAGAUCAUCUCUUCCCAACCCCUUGCCAUGGCAGGGACACCUUCCACUAGACAAGGUUGCUCAGAGUCCCAUCCAGUCUGGCCUUGAAGUAAAAGUGCUUUCACACUGGAUUUUUAGGACAAAAAGGUAGAUGUUCAGCCUGCAGCAGUAUGCUGUGUACCAUCACAAAUACAGGGUGCUGCAUUAUGCUCGACCUCAAGUUCUGUCAUGUUGCCUUCUUUCCCCAGACAGGUGCAUCAGGUCUUACCUCUUCCCACUAAGCAGUCAGCCAGUUCUCCCCUACAUGAGGGGCUGAAGGCAUGUGCCAGGAAAAUGUGCAUUGGGGUGGGGAAGAGAGCAGCUUGUGAGGAUGUGUUGGUGCUGGAGAGAGUGGGUAGUGUGGUGUGUCAUCCUGAAAUUAAUGCAUAUUAUGGAUGUGUAAGGCAAGGUGUGGUACCUGGUUUGAGCGUGAUCAUGAGAGAGUUUCAUCUACUUGGAACAUUUGUACCAAACAUAAGGAGAGUUUUACUCCUUCCCUCUGCGCCCUACCCCUCUUUUUUUUUUUUGGUUAAAAAGCUACAAAGCAAAGUGGUGAACUUAAAAAAAAAAAAGGAAAUAGGAUUUGAAAAGAUUUAUUAGAUUCUGGUCAGAUGACAUGAUCACAUCCUAGGAAAAAAAUUUGUUGAUUGAGUAAGUAGAAUUUGGAACGAAACAAAACUUAAAAUAUCUCAAAGAGGUUGUGAAGCCUUCUGAUUUUUUAAAGCUGCUUAGUAUGCCUAGCCUAAAAAUGCAUUAGCUUAAUGCUAGCAAAACCUAGCUCUUUCCUAACUCUCAUCAAUAGAUCUUAACGUAGAUCUUUAGUGCAACUAAAUUUUUAAGUGAUAAUUUUUUAAUCCAUAUUUUUUACCUUUGCAGAAACUGAUACACAAAGGAGCAAAUGGCUUUUCCAAAAUCACUGGACAGUCAGACAAUGUUUUUGGUGUGUUUUACUGGUGUUUGAAAUACAUUAUAGUUUCAGUGAAGGCAAGUUGUUUGUUAACUGAAUAGUUAGAGGAGGGCAAGGAUGAGACAUGAGUUUAACUAAUUGGGGUACUGGGAGCACUGUCACAUUUUUUUCAUUAAUAACUCUUUCAGUUUGGAAAGACAAUUUUAUCUUUUUAUACUGUAGGAUGUAGAAGUUUAUUAAAUGCACUAAAGAACCCUGAGUAUUUCAGAUCUUUUGAUGGACAGCUCAUUUCAAGAACUUUGCAUGAACUGGUAGAAGAAAAGGCACACCAGUUUUUUUCACAUGUAUUUUUAAGAUAAGAAUCCAGACUAAUAAUCUGGGACAUCCAAGAAAAUGUGUUGUUAAUCAAAAGAUGUAUUUUAAAUUAGAAAAAGAAAGUUGGAAAUAACCAGGGGACCUGGAUUUAGUUUCUCCAAUGUCACUAAAAAUAAGAGACAUGUCUGAAAUUGUUUUCUUUUCAGAGAGUCAAAUGAAGUGGAAGAAGUUAUAUUUCAAUAUCAGAAGCUAGGAUUUAGCUAAAGUUAGAAGCAGACGUUUUUGAAAACCUGUGGCUGAAACAGAUUUUUUGAAAAUGUUUAUUUCAUUAUUUUUAAGAGUAACUUUCAGGGUCUUUUGUGCUUAUUUAGUGGGUUAAAAAGAAAAGCUAUUUGUGCAUCUAAGAAAACGCAGAGAAAUAGGAUUGGUCAGCUGAAGAUUGAAUGUCAAUGCAUUAACUUUGUGUUUUAGACACAGGGAAGAGGCCAUAGAAAAAACAGUUGCUGCAGUGCUGAAGAGAAUGGGUUGAAAAGUUGCCUGAGUGAGGAGCUGUAUGAGCAGUGGUGUGAGUGUUCAGGGCGUGGCACAGACACUUAGGGUGUGCCCCACAAACUGUACGGCGAGGACAGCAAGUUUGACCAUGGUGGAUAACUCAGAUAUUCAUGUCUGCAUGCCUGUGUCUGAGUACAGACUAACCUGUGGCAAACCAGACAGAGUCUUUUUCAGAAAUUGCAAGGUGUGGUUGUGGUUUGAAUGUUAUAUCAUCUCUUACUUGGGAACGCAGUGAACUUGUGUUCACAUGCUUGGAGAUGCCAGUGGUAGAGAUGGUUUGUACUCCUUCUCUGUGUCCAAGACUACUGGAUUAGGAUUAUUUUGGGGUGUUCAAACCAGCAGUUUAAGAAGAGUUCUUUGAUUAUUCUGUUAGCCAGGAGAUUUAACUUAAACAGAAGAAACAAACCCCUCCUACCCUUCCCCUUCAAAUAUGCUAUAAGUAAUCUUUGUGUUUUAACUUUGGAAUUAAUCAAGUGUCAUGCUUUAGCCAACUGGUUCCUGUGAUACACCUGAAGGCACUGUCAGUGAGUACUGCCCUGCUAUGUGUGUUCUUCAGUCUUGCUGAAAGACUGUACUGGUAUAGUCACUGUUCUAAGAGGAUGAAUUGAGAAGGAGAAGGCAGUUUUCUUAAUGGAUUUCUAGUUUGUGUUUUCCAAAACUUAAGGACUCUACAUGUUUUAAAUAAAGCUCUGUUAGUAUCAAAUUAGUGUUUUGAAAUUUAGGGAUGGAUACAGAAGAGACUACAGGUAAGAAUGUAUACCAGUGUAUUUGUAGCUUGCUCAUAGAUGGGCAUUAAACAGUGUUUCUGUCUUUCUCCUUUUCAUACAAAGCAGAGAAAGCGUAGAGGUAAUAUGCAGCUAUAUAUGUUUUCUUGCUUUAUUAUUUGUUUUAGCUUUUGUUUCUAGAUACAUCAGUACCACUGUUCAAGUGCCUUCAGUGAAGGUGUGUUACCAGUUUGCCCCUACUGCCUCUGCCUAAAUUGAAUCUUAGCUCAACAGCUGAUUUUUGGUAUUCAUUCAGCUGUCACAUUCCAUUUUACUUUUGAAUCCAAAGAUAAGACUGUGUUUUGCCAGUCUAGACCAUAGAUGAUGUCUUGUUAAUGCCAGUUGUUUCCUUACUCAUUUGUAGCAAGAGUGCUUUCUGUAAGAGGUGAUUCCGGUUGUUCUGGAUCACAGCUGGUGUUUGCUGGGUCUCUCUUUUCUGUUGGAUCAAUGCAGUUGCACCAAAUUUUGUUUCUCUCUUUGUACCUUCUGACACUGUGUAAAGUCAUUUUUUGAUUUUUCUCUGCUUGCUUUUUCUUUGUUGCUUUGGUAUGCUUGAAGGCAAUUUCUGACAUGAUUAAGAUUUUAUUAAUUCAUAUUCUCUGCAUUCUCUCAGCAUGUGAGUGUGUUUGCUUCAGUGCCAGUGUUUCGUUAGGAGCUUUGAGUGCAGUGCAUCGGUUCCUACUUCUGCAAUUGCAUUAUUAAUUUCUUAAUUUUUAAGUUUGAUGCUUGUAUCAUAUUUUUUUAGUCCCAGAACAUUUUCAUGAUAUCUACUCUGAAGUAAUAAGUUUCUGGGUUGAAACUGAAGUGCUAUUUUUAAUCAUUAAAGGUAUAAAUGGUCUGAGACCCAGUUCCUUGAGGGAGCAAGCUGACUGCUGUGGAAUCAUUAGACCUGUUUUGCUAUAAAUGGGAGGAAGCAGUGGAUAGACUGCACUCUGUUAAGACUUCCCAAACUGAAAUUAAUUUUCUUUCUUGUUCUAGCGUAUCCCAGUUUGGAUAAUCUCUUGAGUGUUAUGAAAACUAUGUCUGUAUUUUACUGUGGGUAGUGAAGGUUCUGGAUAGCAGUCUGAUCUCAUUCCCUAGAGCUUGAAUUUUUAAAAUUGUCUGUUAACUGGAAAAUGGAGCUUGGAUUCUUGGUAAUGUAUUCAAAAUUUCAGUGAUUUCAACUUUGUAGUAGCUUUGUCACUACUUCAUGAUAAAACAUUUUCUCUGUUAGUGCCUCUUACACAGCAUGUACUGUAAUGUAGGUUAGUAUUUGGACUUGAGUGUCUUAAGAUUUAACUUGGUUUGUACUUGCUGAGUUUUCGCAUAGAGUUAAUACGCAGACAAGUGAGGCUCAGCUGAAAAUAAUAGCCUAAACAAAGAAUAACCUAAUUAAAUAAACUCCCUAAUUGCUAGUCUGGUUCCUUAGGCAGCUGCAAGGAACUGAUCGCUCACGUGAUCACACUGACAGCCUGCUCUUCCAGUUUCUGAAGCUGUUUGCCGGUAUAUGUUCGUUUGACAGCAUUAGAGUUCUCAAAGAUACUCAACAUUUAUGAAUUUUGUGAAUCUCUGUAGCAGAGGGAGACCUGAAGUAGCAGAAUUUGUCUCCAUUGCCAGUAUUUUGUUUUACUGCCAGCUGACAGGACAAGAUCCUAGCUGAACUUGAGACUUGGGACCAGAGGCAAGGCACUGGAGGAAAUGCAGAGAAAGAAAGAUGAAGGUAGUGAUGCUAGUUUGAGUGAUAGCCACAUAUCUCCUCCUGCCAAACGUACCUCAAAACAUGCUGAUCCUGUGGGCAAAGACAAAUCAAAAUCGCGCGGUACUGGGCAGCGAGAGGAAUGGAGCAUCUCAACUGGACAGUCCAGGUUAACUUCUCAGCCUGGUGCUACACUACCAAAUGGACGUAGCUUAUCUCUCAAAAGCCACCCCCUUCGAGGGGAAAAAAAGGGAGAUGGGGACCAUGCUUGCAUAAACGGAGAUAUAGAAGUCAGAAAAAGUUGUCGGUCCAGGAAAAACAGAUUUGAAACUUUGAAUCAGAGUUUAUUGUUUGAUCAGCUAGUAAACAGUACUGCUGAAGCUGUCCUACAGGAAAUGGAUAAUAUUAACAUCAGGAGGAACAGGCGAUCUGGGGAAGUAGAACGGCUACGGAUGUGGACAGAUACAGAAUUUGAAAACAUGGAUAUGUAUUCUCGAGUGAAAAGAAGGAGGAAGUCACUGAGGAGAAAUAGCUAUGGGAUUCAGAACCACCAUGAAGUGUCCACAGAAGGGGAAGAAGAAGAGUCUCAGGAAGAAGAUGGAGAUAUAGAAGUAGAAGAAGCUGAGGGGGAAGAAAAUGAUCGGCCAUAUAAUCUCAGACAGAGAAAAACUGUUGAGAGAUACCAGGCCCCUCCAAUAGUGCCAGCUCAUCAAAAAAAGAGAGAAAAUACGCUGUUCGAUAUUCACAGAUCUCCUGCAAGAAGAAGCCAUAUCAGGAGAAAGAAGCACGCCAUUCACAGCAGCGAUACAACCUCUUCAGAUGAAGAACGUUUUGAAAGAAGAAAAUCUAAAAGCAUAGCCAGAGCAAGAAAUAGGUGCCUGCCUUUAAACUUCAGAGCAGAAGACUUAGCUAGUGGAAUCCUUCGAGAACGUGUGAAAGUUGGGGCGAGUUUGGCUGAUGUUGACCCAAUGAUUGUUGAUAAAUCGGUGUGUUUUGAUAGUAUAGGGGGAUUGAGCCAUCAUAUCCUUGCACUUAAGGAAAUGGUAGUGUUUCCUCUUCUCUAUCCAGAAAUAUUUGAAAAAUUCAAAAUUCAGCCACCAAGGGGCUGUUUAUUCUAUGGUCCUCCUGGAACAGGUAAAACCUUGGUAGCUAGAGCUCUAGCUAAUGAAUGCAGUCAAGGAGACAAAAAGGUGGCUUUCUUUAUGAGGAAAGGAGCAGACUGUCUCAGUAAGUGGGUUGGUGAAUCUGAACGUCAGCUUCGACUCCUUUUUGAUCAGGCAUACUUGAUGAGACCCUCUAUAAUCUUUUUUGAUGAAAUAGAUGGUUUGGCUCCAGUUCGUUCUAGCAGACAAGAUCAGAUUCACAGCUCUAUAGUGUCUACUCUUCUUGCCCUCAUGGAUGGACUGGAUAAUAGAGGUGAAAUAGUUGUAAUUGGUGCUACAAACAGACUGGAUUCUAUAGAUCCUGCACUCAGGAGACCUGGUCGCUUUGACAGGGAAUUUCUUUUCAACUUGCCUGACAAGAAGGCACGAAAGCACAUUUUGCAAAUUCAUACCAGGGAUUGGAACCCCAAAUUGUCAGAUCCUUUCUUAGGAGAACUGGCUGAAAAAUGUGUUGGGUACUGUGGAGCUGACAUAAAAGCACUUUGCACUGAGGCUGCCUUGAUUGCCCUGAGACGUCGCUACCCCCAGAUCUACAUGAGCAGUCAGAAGCUGCAGCUGGACGUUUCCUCGGUGGUUCUGAGCGCGCAGGAUUUCUACCACGCCAUGCAGAACAUCGUGCCCGCCUCGCAGCGCGCCGUCACCUCCUCGGGCCACGCGCUGUCCCCCGUCAUCCGGCCGCUCCUGGAGCGCACCUUCACCAAGCUCCUCGAGGUCUUACACAAAGUGUUCCCUCACGCUGAAUUCAGCCAGGGUGACAAAAGUGAAGAUGUACCAAGUCUAAUAUUAGAUGAUAGUGAAGAUGAGAAUGCUUCAUCAAUUUUUGAGACGAGCUGUCACUCAGGAUCACCAAAGAAACAGUCAUCAGCUGCUAUACAUAAACCCUACCUUCAUUUUACAAUGUCAGCUUACCACCAGCCAACCUCUUACAGACCGAGAUUACUGCUCUCCGGGGAGAGAGGUUCAGGUCAGACUUCGCACCUUGCUCCGGCACUAUUGCACACCCUGGAAAAAUUCUCCGUACACAGGCUGGACCUGCCAGCUCUUUAUUCAGUCAGUGCCAAAACGCCUGAAGAGUCAUGUGCACAGAUCUUUCGUGAAGCUCGAAGAACAGUACCAAGUAUAGUUUACAUGCCUCAUAUUGGUGAUUGGUGGGAAGCUGUCAGUGAAACUGUGAGAGCUACUUUCCUAACUUUGCUGCAAGAUAUACCAUCUUUCUCACCUAUAUUUCUGCUGUCUACCUCUGAGUCUAUGUUUAGUGAUUUGCCUGAAGAGCUGAAAUGUAUUUUCAGAAUCCAGUACGAAGAGGUUUUUUAUAUUCAAAGACCAAGUGAAGAAGACAGAUUGCGAUUUUUCAAAGGCUUAAUCCUUGAUGAGGCAGCAAUGCCCCCACCAAGAAGGAAACAGGCUGCUCUUCGUGCCCUGGAAGUUCUUCCUCUUGCACUGCCGUGUCCCGCCCGGGAGCUGUCGGAGGCGGAGAAGCAGCGGAUGGAGGACCAGGAGGAGAACACCCUUCGGGAGCUGCGCUUGUUUCUCAGGGAUGUCACCAAGAGGCUGGCCACAGACAAACGCUUUAACAUCUUCAGCAAACCGGUGGAUAUUGAAGAGGUUUCAGAUUACCUUGAGGUUAUCAAAGAGCCAAUGGAUCUAUCAACAGUAAUAACCAAAAUUGAUAAACACAACUACUUAACAGCCAAGGAUUUUCUAACAGACAUUGACCUGAUCUGCAGCAAUGCAUUGGAGUACAAUCCAGACAAAGAUCCUGGAGAUAAAAUAAUUAGACAUAGAGCAUGUACUUUGAAGGACACUGCUCAUGCUAUCAUUGCUGCUGAACUGGAUCCAGAAUUUAAUAAGAUGUGUGAAGAAAUCAAGGAAGCAAGAAGAAAAAGAGGCUUCUCAGUGCCAGCAGAACAGGUAAAUCCUCACGGUUCCACUGUACGGAAAACAGAAGCCAGAGUUGAAGAGGCAUUUCGGAGCAAGCAAAAACCCACCAUGGCCGUGUGGCCCAACUCUGCAAAUAAAUGUGCUUUUAGAAUAAGGAGAAAAUCGAGACGGCGCUCCCAGUGGGGCAAAGGCAUUAUUAAGAAGAGGAAAGUCAAUAAUUUAAAGAAAGAUGAAGAUGAUGCAAAGUUUGCUGAUGAUGAAAAUCAUGGUGAGGACAAUAAAUUACUGGAAAACGGAGAGCUAGAGAUCAGCACUGACUGCAUCGAGGAGAAUGGAGAGGAAGCAGGAGACCUCUCUAUGACAAAUGAUGAAUCAUCUUGUGAUAUUAUGGAUAUAGAUGCAGAGCAAAGGCUUAACAAUGGGACAUCAGGAAAGGAAAACAAUUUUGCAUCCACAGAAGAGGAGAGUUCAAAUGAAUCGCUGUUAAUAACUGACAGUAUUACCCUGGGUGCUGAAAAGGAGUUGAAGAAGGACUCUAUGCUGAAAGGGGACUGUGUGAAUGGAGAGACAUCCAUACAUGGCUCCGAAGGUGUACCUGCUCCAGCCUGUCAUAAUGGUAAAGUAGAAUUACUUGAUGCUGUUUCACCCCGUGACAACAGUGAUUGGUCUAGUAACAAGCAAAAAUCUUUAUCUGAAGAUCAGCCAAAGGAGAAAAUGGAAGCUUCCAGGGAAAAUCAAGGAACUGAUCUGGUGAAAGCCGAGUUACCACAUUGCAGCAAUAAUGAGAAAACACUACAGAGCACAGACAUUGAAACUAAAGAUGCUGAAGCUGAUAAAGAAGGUUUGUUCAAAAGCAAGAAAACACGAAAAGUCGCUGUGGAGCAGUCAAAGCCCACAAGUUUGGAGCAGGUUCCAGAGGAACCUUCAGAUCCCUUACCCUCCGUGGUUGUUGACCAUGACAGACUAAAGAAACUGCUUGAUUUGGUGGUUAAGAAAAGUGACAACCUGACUGUUGACCAACUUGAGAGAUUGUAUUCACUCCUCAGUCAAUGCAUCUACAGACAUCGUAGAGACUAUGACAAAUCACAACUUAUAGAGGUGAUGUUGUACAGCUUCUUUUAUUCUUUAUCUGAAUAUUGUGAGAUAGGCUUUUCAGAAACUGUUAAUCUGUCAAUUUAUUGUUCUACUAGCAGGCAAAAGUGUGUAAUAGACUUUGAAGAAGUUAUCUAUAAAAAGAAAAAAGCUUAGUGUGGUAACUUAGAAACUGGCGGUUGUUUCUAAGAACGCUUUCUGCAGAAGAGGAUUAAGAAUUUAACCUAGAAGAAGGGAGGAAAAAGAGGAGAGAGUACAGCAGCAUGAAAAGCACAUGCUAGCAGAGUAAAACAGAGUAGAAGCAGUUUCCAUGUUUGUGGCAUGACUAACAAUGGAUGUCAAGUGGUGAUUUCAUAGGCACCCUGACCUGGCAUUGCUGCUGUUGCCCUUAAUUGUGUUGGUGUAACUUGUUGGUGGACCUUAGAAAUGUGAACGCUCUCUCUUGAUCAGUAAGUGCAGCCUUGGGAAGGUCAGUGCAGCAUGGUGGAAGCCAGGUGCUGCCUUGCCAUCAUCCUUUGUCACUGGAGUGUUUGCCCUCCAAGGCCUCCUGUACAUCAACAGCAAAUUGGUCAUUUCACCAUUGGCACAGGCUGAUGGCAGCUCUGGGUGUGUAUCCCUCCAUCACCACUGUUCUAACUGCAGAGGGGUUUGGAUCAGCUUGCUGAUUCAACUGAUAACCAGCCCUGCUGUGAAAAGGACGACAGUUGCUACUUUCCAGUUGGAUCACUGAACACUAAAUAUUUUUCUCCAUGAAUAAUUUACAACAAAACCUGGAAAAGCCAUAGUGGGGGGUUUUGUAGAGUUCCCGCAGAAUACUUUUCAAACUGUUUUCCUGCUAUUCCCUGCCGUCUUCACCUAAAAAUGUGUUGAAAGUCUGAGCAAGAUGUUAGGUAGAUUAAAAAGGCAUUUGUCCAGCAGGAGUGUGUAGAGACCAAUCUUUACUUUGAUUAUCCAAACUGUGCAGACUUAUGAUUACAGCUGGGUCACCAACUGCAGAAGUGUGCAGUAACACUUGAACUCAUGCAGUGUGCCACUGCAGUGCUUUCCUAAUAUAUAUUGAGCACAUUAAUUAUAUAAAUGACCCUAAUAAACCUUGAUUUUUCUCAUGGACUGUCAUAGUAGAGGGUUUUUCUGCAUUAAUACUUCUUUAAUGAGUUCCCUCUUUUACUGUAUUUUGCUAGCAGAUAGCAGCUAAUAAACAGAAACGUCUGUUUUCAUAUAUUUGUUUGUUCAGAUUAAAAAAAGUAUCAAAGUAAGUGCUACUACAUAAAGUAACUUUACUCCUGUCUCU